AUGAUGAAAUGCUCAAAAGAUCGAACCUCGAGUUGCCGUGCAGCGACAGAUGAGCUCCAGCGCCGGACCGCAUCGACUGUCAAGACGGCAGCGGAGCGUCCGGAGCGUCGGAGAGUCCGAAGCGGCCUCAUGCACUGGGCACCGCGCGAUGGCGUAGAAAAGCACACACGCGACGGCAGGCCCGACUUCGAAAGCAGCUCCCGCACAGUGCUGUACAGGAAUCUACUAAACCAAGCGAGCAAGCAAGCAAAGAGCGCAGAUCAGCUCGUUCAAAACGUGCGCCCUUUUUGGUGGUUGCCCUUCCGCCAAGGCUCAACUGCUCAAAAAGAUGCAGGGGCCCUGCAGCUCGAGCCUCGCCUGUCUGCUGUCUCGUUUUCCGGGACGUGGCGGCGAGGCAUUUUCUUUUUUGGUGAGGCGACUUCUCCACAUGCUCAGCUGCGCCCAUCAGCAGGCGAGGCUGCUGUGGCGGACUGCUGGUGUUGUUCGCUCGGCUCGUUUUUCCCUGACUCGAACCCUGGAUCGCAGGAGCAGCGCAACGCAGCGCCGCACUGCACCGCAACCCUGAAGGCGGGAACGGGCGCGCAGCAUUCAUUCGACCCUCCCGACCCGACGCUGCACCUCGAGAGCUUCUCGGGGCUCCUCCACGCCUUCUUUCCCGUCACCAUCGUCUUGGCUCCUCUCCGCCCACCAUCGCGGCGUCGAGUCAAGCAUCCUCUGAUCACACCUCCUGCACCCUACCCGCAACUCCGAAUCACCGGCAUCCUCGCCCAUUCGUCCGUGCAGAGUGGAGCAGGCGUGGCCAUGGACGUUCUGCGCAAGGUCAGCGGCGCAAGCGCCCGCGCCGUGCCUGCUUCCCACGCAGGCACCGCUGCCAGCGGCUCAUCCAACCAUGCCCCCGCGUCCACUGCCAGCACCGCUUCCGCUUCCAACUCGCUUCUCAGCGCUUCCCCCGCACGCUCGCCGAGAAGCAGCAUCUCGCGCGACUCGGUCAAGGACAAGGAUGCCGCCUCCUCCCGCAUGGCAAAGAUGCGAGCCGCAAUGCACAUCGGCUCCGUGUAUGAUGACUGGCCCUCGCCGCUAUGCGCCAUGAUGCUGACCGCAAAACGCUUCGUUCUUCGUCUCAUCGCAAAGCCGAUGUACUCUGCCAACGGCGAUGACUACAUUGUCGGAGACGUCAUUGGUUUUGGCGCCUCGUCCGUCGUGCAUCAAGGCGUCUUCAAGCCGCUCGACAGGGCGUGCGCCAUCAAGGUGAUCGACCUCGAGGCAUACGGCCGCGACACAGAGGAGCUGCGCAGAGAGACGCAGCUCAUGUCGCUCUCCAAGCAUCCCAACGUGCUGCGUGUGCGAGGAUGCUGGGUCAAGGGUGCCAAGCUGCACAUCGCCACGCGCCUCAUGAGCAGCGGCUCCAUGCUCGACAUCAUGCGCUUUGCCCAUCCAGAGGGCUUUGACGAGCUCGUCAUCGCCACGGUCCUCAAGCAUGCCCUCGAGGGCCUCAACUACCUCCACAUCAACGGCUGGCUCCAUCGCGACCUCAAGGCGGCUAACAUUCUCGUCGACGACGAUGGCACGGUGCUCCUCGGCGACUUUGGCGUGGGCGUCUUUGUCGGCGACACGGACAAGUCGUCCGGCUCGGUGUCGAGCGAGGGCAAACGCAAGAGCUUUGUCGGCACGCCGUGCUGGAUGGCACCCGAGGUGAUCGAACGCAAGCACUACGGCACCAAGGCCGACAUUUGGAGCUUCGGCAUCACCGCGCUCGAGCUGGCGCAGGGCCGCGCACCCAACUCGAAACUCAACCCGGUCAAGGUGCUCAUGCGCACCAUGCAGGACGAGCCGCCGCAGCUCGAUCGAACGGGCGGCGCGCACAAGUACUCGAAGCUCAUGGACGAUUUCGUGCGCCAGUGCCUGCAGAAGGACCCGGAGAGGCGACCCACGGCGGACAAGCUGCUCUCGCACGGCUUUUUCAAGCAGGCCAAGGCGCCCAAGUUCCUCAUCUCGGCCAUCCUCGCCGGUCUGCCGCCACUGGCGGAUCGGCAGGAGCGUCGCCGACUCGCCUCGAUCCACUCGACGCAGCACUACCUCUCGUGGGACUUUGGCACCAUCAACAGCCGCACCACCACGCCCAACCUCGAGCGCCUCGAUCCGUUCCGCAAUUUCACUGGCGUGGUCUCGCUUCCGUCGCCGCAGGGAUCGGUGCGGUCCACCAAGCUGGUUUCGAUCGACGGCCACCACGUGCUCGCCACCGAGGAGGACGACACGAGCCUCAUGCGCCGAUUCAGCAGCUUCGACGACGCGCUCGCCAAGGAGGGCGCGAUGCACGGCAGCUUCGGACGCCGUCGCGGCCGCUCGGUGGAUGCGCUGGGCCAUCGCAAGUCCGUGUCGUUUGAGGGCCAGGACAGCGGCGGUGGUCGUGCGGGAGCCGAGACGGAUUCGUUCGGCACGGCGGGCGUUGCGUCGUCGUUGGCGCCGAUUGGCGAAAAGGUGUCGCCCAUGGUGUCGCCCACGCAGCCGCCAGCGGCUGCCGAGGAGCCGACGAGCUUGCGGCUGAGCGCCGAGGACACGGCCACCGACCGGGACACGGCGGCGGACGAUCGAGAGGCCAACGCAGCCGCGCCGGAGCAGUCUGGCGAGAGGCAGGGCGUUGGAAGCGGUGAGAUGACGCUCAACGGAUCGUCGCAGGGCCAGAGGUCGGUGUCUUCGGCCACCACGGCGACGCUGGUAGCCAGUCGCGGCGACGACAAGGACGAAUCGAAAGCGGCUGCAAUUGCCACUGCACCGGCGCCCAACAUGCUGCAACGCACAGCGAGCCGGCUACGAGGCAACGGUGGGGAGGCGGCGUCUGGUGCGCACACCAAGCAUCACAAGCGCGAGUCGGUGUUUGGCAAGCUUUUCAAAGGCACCAGCUCCGGUCGCAAGGAAGGCAAAGUUUGA